CCCUAUUGUAGUGUGCCAGGCUACGAACUGCUAUUGCUGCUAACGUUAUUCCGGUCUGUCCCUGUACCUAAUCACUGCUACAGUACAGUGCAUACACUGCAGGAACAGGCAAGCAUCAAACCGUCUGAUUAUGUGAACGGUGAAAGUUGUCUUUUUCACCCACCAGACGCCAGAUUUCGAACCAACCACCCCAUCCCACCAUUCAAUUCAUACAAUACCGGACACAGGCUUGCCCGAUUUUGUCUCCACCAUGCAGCUGAUACCUCUAUCGGCGUUGCUCGCUUUCCUCUCGUUGACUUCGUCUGCGGCCGCCGCAUCAGACAAACCGCUCAAGCCAUGUACCGCCAUCUCACCCACCACCGCGCGCUUCUUCGAUCUGAAUCCCAUGCACCGGGGCCCGCCGGCAAAAGACGACAACGGCAAAAAGAAGAAGAGCAAGGAUGAAGACGAGGGCAGUAGCUGGCAUGCAAAAGGCUACGACUAUGGCGCAAACUUCACCGUCAACUUCUGCGGUCCCGUUGUCGAGGAACUGGAUAAAGUCGUAGACUUGGACAAGGAUUUGAGGAAGAACGUGAGUGCUUAUUACGAGCAAGAUGGGAAGACAUAUGCUAUAGGAUUGGAAAACCACGAACCCGUAUUCCGCGGGCGCAAACUGAUCCUCAACUACACUGGCGGCUCUCUCUGCCCCUCCUCGUCCUCCCGCCGCGACCUGCUUCCCACUACCCUUGACCUCUCCCCUCGCGAGAUCGUAGAUGGAGACGGAGAUGAUGACGAUGACGACAAAAACAAAGACAAGGAUGAUAAGAACAAGAAGAAACCCUCCUCUUCCAAGCGCCGCAAAUCCUCCAUAAUCUCUCUUCUCUGCGAUUCGGACCCUCUGGCAAAGACCUCGGUCUCUUUUGUCGCCGCUGUCGAUGACUGCGUCUACUUCUUCGAAGGCCGCUCACCACACGCCUGCGGAGGCGUACACGUUGAGAAGCAGGCUCUCGGCCCAGGCGGAGUCUUCGGCGUCAUCGUUCUCAUCGCCGUACUUGUAUACCUCGUUGGUGGUUGCGUUUACCAGCGGACAGUGAUGCACCAGCGUGGAUGGCGACAACUCCCCAACUACCAAAUGUGGGCCGGAAUCGCCCGGUUUGCUACUGAUAUGUUCAUUAUUCUUACCUCGUCUUGCGCCCGUUUCCUCCCAUCGCGUAGAGGAUACAGCCGCGUUUCCCUGGGACAGGAUAGCCGUGGUCGAUCACGGAGAAACGACGAUGAAGACCGUUUGAUAGACAACCUAGACGAAGAGUGGGACGACUAA